AUGAUGACAUCUCGAACGAAAAAUGAUGAGAUUGACCAGUUGAGAGCCAAGACAGACUUUCUGAAUCCGUCGAUUUCGGCGGAUUGGGCGAAGAAGAAGUUGAUAUGGGUGCCAAGUGAAAAAGACGGAUUCGCACUCGGCGCCAUCACCGGCACCGCCCAUUCAGACGGCACAAUCGACGUGGAACUGAUGGAAACUGGCGAGAAGCAACGUGUCUCUUCUGAUGAUUGCCAGAAACCGAAUCCACCGAAAUACGACAAAUGCGAGGAUAUGUCGAUGUUGACGUGUCUCAACGAGGCGUCGGUUUUGCACAAUUUGAAGCAACGCUACUUUUCGAAUCUCUAUUAUACAUAUUCCGGCCUGUUCUGUGUCGUAAUCAAUCCGUACAAACGCAUCCCAAUCUACACGGAUACGAUUGCCGAACAGUUCAAAUGCAAGAAGCGAAAGGAGAUGCCGCCCCAUAUAUUCGCCGUGGCAGACGAGGCGUAUCGUAGUAUGUUGCAGGAGCGCGAUGAUCAGUCGAUUCUGUGCACUGGAGAAUCUGGUGCUGGAAAGACGGAGAACACGAAGAAAGUGAUCCAGUACUUGGCGUACGUCGCCAACCGGACGAUGGUCAAGAAUCGGAAGACGUCAGUUGACUUGGACGCGUCGACGAACAGAGUUAUGGGACAACUCGAAGAGCAACUCCUACAAGCGAAUCCAAUUCUCGAGGCGUUCGGUAACAGUAAGACGGUGAAAAACGAUAAUUCCAGUCGUUUCGGAAAGUUCAUUCGUGUCCAUUUCGACAGUACUGGAUGCAUUUCUGGAGCCAAUAUCGAAUUCUAUCUGCUUGAGAAGUCACGAGUCCUCAAACAGUCGGCCAACGAGAGAUCAUUCCAUAUCUUCUAUCAGUUGUUGAAAGGAUUGUCGAAAGCGCAGAGAGAACAAUUCCUGCUUGAAGACAGUCUCUCCAAGUAUAAAUUCAUGUCAAAUGGAGACAGUAAACUGGCGGGAGUCGACGAUGGAGCAGAGAUGAAGGAGACACUCACCGCGAUGUCAAUAAUGGGACUCAACGACGACGAGAUUGCUGGAAUUCUGCGCGUCGUCUCUGCCGUCAUGUUGUUCGGAAAUCUUGAAUUCUCUCAAGAGAACAAGAACAACGACCAGGCGGUUCUUCUGAAUGACGCCGUCGCGCAGAAGAUUGCUUCACUCCUCGGAGUCAACGUCACCGAACUGAUGCGUGCGUUCUUGAAGCCGAAGAUCAAGGUUCAACGAGAUUUGGUGCAUCGUGCGCAGAGUGUCGAUCAAGUCAACUUCUCUGUCGGAGCCAUCGCCAAGGCGUCCUACGAACGACUCUUCAGAUGGCUCGUCCAUCGUCUCAACAAGUCGUUGGAUCGUACUCGUCAACAGUCGGUCAGCUUCAUUGGAAUUCUCGAUAUCGCUGGAUUCGAGAUCUUCGAUACCAACUCAUUCGAACAACUCUGCAUCAACUACACCAAUGAGAAACUCCAACAACUAUUCAACAACACGAUGUUCGUUCGCGAGCAACAAGAGUAUCUCGACGAGGGUCUCGAGUGGAAAUUCGUCGAUUUCGGGCUCAAUCUUCAACCGACUAUCGAUUUGAUCGACAAACCGAUGGGAAUCAUGUCGACACUCGACGACGUUUGCUUGUUCCCACAAGGAAGUGAUCUCUCGUUCGUCACACGUCUCAACGAUACGCACAAUCAACAUCCGAAGUACGUCGUCCCGGAGAUUCGUUCUCGUAGUGACUUUGCCGUCGUUCAUUAUGCUGGACGUGUCGACUAUCAGGCGGACGGAUGGAGAGUGAAGAAUAUGGAUCCGUUGAAUGAGAAUGUGAUUGAUUUGCUCAAGGCGUCGAAGGAGUCGAUCAUUGUCGACAUGUGGAAGGAUAUUGCCGAUGUGUGUAGUCUCUCGGCGGCUGACAGUGCCUCCGACACUGGAGUAUUCGGAUCACGAAUGCCGAAGAAGGGAAUGUUCCGUACCGUAUCUCAACUCUACAAAGAGCAACUCACUCGUCUCAUGAGCACUCUCAACAACACCAACCCCCAUUUUGUCCGUUGUAUCAUUCCGAAUCACGAGAAGAAACACGGCGUGCUCAACGCGCAUCUCGUCCUCGAUCAGCUCAGAUGUAAUGGAGUGCUCGAAGGAAUUCGAAUCUGUCGUCAAGGGUUCCCGACACGUCUCCCGUUCCAAGAGUUCCGUCAUCGUUAUGAGAAACUGCUGGCGCCGGAUGUGAAUCCUGCAGGAUUUAUGGAUGGAAAGGAGGCGGUCCGUCGUAUCGUUCAGUACCUUGAGCUCGAUAGCAACCUGUUUCGUAUCGGACAAUCGAAGAUCUUCUUCCGUGCCGCUGUCGUCGCGGAAUUCGAGGAGAUGCGUGAUCAGAAGUUGUCGGAUCUCAUAGUCUCAUUCCAAGCUCAAUGCCGUGGAUGGCUCGGACGACGUGUGAUGGUGAAGAGACGUGAACAAGAGGUGGCCAUCAAGAUUCUCCAAAGAAACGGACUCGCCUGGAUGAGACUGAGAGAAUGGCAGUGGUGGAGACUGCUGACGAAGGUGAAGCCACUUCUCGAAGUCACCAAUAAGGAUGAGUUGAUUGCGGAGAAGGAGGAAGAGCUGAAAGUGACUUCUGAGAGACUUCGUCGCUCGGAGGUCUUCAUCGCCGACUGCAAGCAACAGAUGGAGAAAAUGGAUGAGGAGAGACUCGUUCUCAAGACACGACUCGACGCGGAAUCGUCGGAACGAGCUGAAAUGUUCGAGGAGCGAUCCCGUAUUGCUGCUCGUAAAAUAGAGCUGGAAGGAAUGUUGGAUGACAUGUCGAAACGUCUCGAGUCGGAAGAGCAAAAGGCGAAGAAGGCCGAGGUAGAGACGCGUCGAUUGACUGAAAUGGUCAAGCAUCUUGAGGAGAAUCUGGAAGACGAGGAACGCAGUCGUCAGAAGUUGCUGCUCGAGAAGAAUUCGAUUGAGUCGAGAUUGAAGGAGCUCGAGGCGCAGGGUGUCGAGUUGGAGGAUUCGGGGAAUAAGCUCACAAAAGAGAAGAAGGCUCUGGAAGAGCGAUGCGAGGACCUCUCAUCUCGUCUCAUCGAUGAAACCGAGAGAUCGAAGCAGUUGGUGAAAGCAAAGGCUCGUCUGGAAUCUGCGAUUGCCGAGGCGACGGAUGAGCUUGAAAAAGAGAAACAACAACGCCACCACGCUGAAACUGCUCGUCGCGCCGCCGAGACUCAACUUCGCGAAGAGCAAGAGGCGUGCCUUGAGAAGACCCGAAAAGCCGAAGAGCUGACAGCUCAACUCAUGCGUCGAGAGACCGAAUUGUCACAAAUCUCUAUCAAAAACGAUGAGGAGCUCGCCGCGCGGCAGCAACUCGAACGAGAGAUCCGCGAGAUUCGUGCCCAGUGCGACGACGCUGUCGAGGAGGCGAACAAGGAGAAGACGGCACGUCAGAAGGCGGAGAAGGCUCGACGCGAUAUGGCUGAAGAGUUGGAGUCGUACAAGCAAGAGUUGGAGGAGUCGAACGAUAAGACGGUGCUCCACUCGCAACUCAAAGCGAAACGAGACGAAGAGUACGCGACACUGCAGAAACAACUGGAAGACACUGUCAAAUCGUCGGAGGAGACGGUCGAGGAGAUGAAGGUGCAAAGUCAAAAGAAAAUUGAGGAACUCAUGGAGACGAUUGAUCAGUUGAAACGUCAGAAAAUUUCGGCUGACAAAUCCCGUUCCUCAGCCGAAUCGGACGCCGAGAACAUCCGUGCCGAACUCUCGAACGUGGCAUCGGCUCGCCAAGAGGCUGAACGAAAGCGGAAGGCAGCGGAGGCGGCGUUGAUGGAGAAGGAGCACAAGAUGCGUGAGAUGACGUCGAAUUUGGAUGAUCUGAUGGCCAAAUUGCAAAAGAUGAACAACGAAUUAGAGAACAUCCAAAAAGCGAAGAGCGCAGAGGAGACGCUGAACUCGAAUCUGCUCAAAAAGAAUGCAUCUCUCGAUAUGCAACUCUCAGAGCUCACCGAGGCAUCCGAAGAGGAUCGUCGUACCCGUGCCAACCUCAACAAUAAGAUUCGUCAACUCGAAGAAGAGCUCGCGUUGGCUAUCGAGGCGAAAGAGGAUGCGCUGGCUGCACAGGAGAAGCUGGAUAAGGAAGCGAGAGAGUUGAAGACUCAACUCGCGGACGCCCGGAAGAAGUUGGAUGAGGAGAACCGUGAGGUGAUGGAGGAGAUGCGUAAGAAGAAGGAGAAGGAGCUGAUCGCGGAGAAGGAGCGAGCCGACGCUGCAGAGGCGGCGAGAGAUAAGGCGGAGCGGGCGAAGAAGAAGGCGAUCCAAGAGGCGGAGGAUGUGCAGAAAGAGUAUACGGAUAUGAUGGCGGCGACGCGGGAGAUGGAGAGAAAGCAGCGGAAACACGAACAGCAACUGGCGGAUGAGAGGAAUAACACUGCGUUGGCACUACAGGAGAGAGAUAUGGCACAACAGAUGCUUCGCGAUGCGGAGACGAAGGCGUUGGUGUUGGCGAACGAGUUGACGGAGAAGAAGGAGUUGGUUGAGCAGUUGGAGAAGGAGAAGAGGACGCUCAAGUUGGAGAUUGAUAAUUUGGCCUCCACGAAAGACGACGCGGGAAAGAAUGCGUACGAGUUGGAGAAGACGAAACGUCGUCUCGACGAGGAGUUAAACAGAGCCGAGCAACAAAUCAUCGAGCUGGAAGAUGCACUUCAGAUUGCCGAAGACGCGAGAAGUCGUGUGGAAGUGAACAUGCAAGCGAUGAGAACAGAGUUCGAGAGACAGCUGGCUGCUCGAGAAGAGGACGAGGAGGAUCGGAAGAAGGGACUCUCUUCGAAGAUUCGAACGCUCACCGAGGAAUUGGAGGCGGAGCAACGUGCACGACAGAGCGCAGUUGCUGCGAAGAAGAAAAUCGAGUUGCAGAUCAGCGAGUUGACCGAGAAGAACGAGGCCGCCUAUCGACAGAUUGAGGAUUUGAAUCGUCAACUUCGUAAGGCACAGCUGGGAAAUAAGGAUGCUGAGAUGGAUGUGGUUGAGGCUCGUGCUGCACGGGACGAUGCGUUGGCUGCACAACGGGAUGCGGAGAAGAGAGCUCGUGCGUCGGAAGAUGAGAUCAAGCGGCUCAACGCUGACGUCCAGGCGGUCUCAUCGUCGAAACGUAAAGCGGAGGCGGAGCGUGAUGAGUUGAUUGAAGAGGUGGCGACACUUCGCGCGUCUGCAUUCAGUUCCGACGAGAAGCGACGUCUAGAGGCGAAGGUGAUGGAUUUGGAGGAUCAACUCGAUGAGGAGGCGUCGGCGAACGAGGUGGCACAGGAGAAGGUCCGAAAAGCACAACAACAGUUAGAACAGAUGACGGCGGAUUUGGCGAUGGAGAGAAGCGUUUGCGAGAGGAAUGAGACGGAUCGAAUCGCGUUGGAACGGGCGAAUCGAGACUUGAAGCAGCAGUUGUUGGAUGCUGAAAACACCGCCGUCGCUCGUCUCCGCACUCAAAUCAAUGUGGCCGAGGCGAAAGUGGCGAACUUGGAGCAGCAACUAUCGCUCGAGGAGCAAGACAAGAUGCGGCAGGGACGAACACUGAGAAGAAUGGAGACGAAAAUGGCGGAAGUGAUGCAGCAACUGGAGGAGGAGAGACGACAGAGUGAGAGUAACCGUCAGGCUUCUGAACGUCAGAACUCGAGAAUCCGUCAACUCCGUGCUCAACUUGAGGACGCCGAAGCGGAGCGGGAUCGUCUUGUGAAGAAGGUGAAUGAGGAGAGAAGACGUGCCGACGAGGUGGCCGAUCUCAACGAGACGCUCACCAAAGAUGUGUCACUGAUGAGACAACGAGAGACGGCAGCGCGUCGGACACCCGGAUUGAUGGGAGGACACCGAGAGUCGAGACGAUUCGGAAGCAAUUCUAGUCUUGUCAGAGAUGAAUUCCGUGGCUCAGCACUGACAAACGAGAUGUCGCCGUCGGAUCGUCCGGCGUCCCGAUUGACUUCUGGCACUGGUUCCCAACUUGGAAACACUGAUGAGGAUCGUGAUUCGAUUCGCAACUAG